AUGACUGAUAUCGAGUACCUCAAGAGCCUACAGGCAGUGCGUGAAAGAGCUCACUUAGUCCUGAAAGCUGCCGAAAAGGACGAACUCACUCAUUUUGCCUACGAUGCUUCGCUCAUGCCACAGGCGGCUGAGUAUGUUGCCGGUAUUAUAACUAGAGACUUUGGCCCCGAUAGAUUUGACCAGAUCCCACCUCAUGGACGAUGGCAACAUUUUGAUGUUGGCGGCGUCGCGCGGAUUGAUCGUCUCGUCCACGAGUGGAAAAUCCAGGGAUUGAAUAAACAAGAAACGACUCGACGCUUGAUUGAUCUUUUCUUUGUCGCUGUGCUACUUGAUGCCGGUGCCGGUGAUACUUGGUCUUUUACCGAGCCUGAGACGGGAAACGUCUAUGGGCGCAGCGAGGGCAUUGCGGUCGCGGCCUUGUAUAUGUUCAAAGCCGGUGCGUUCUCGAGCAACCAAGGCGCGAAGGCCGAGUCAGUCGAUGGGCAUGCAUUGGCAGGCUUGGAAUUUGAGACUUUCCAUCAUCACUUCCAACUCCAAUCGAACAAUAUGAUUGUGGGUGAGUCUUCACGCGUCAAGUUGCUCAAGGCCGUUGGUACGUCUUUGCUGGCUUUACCGGAUAUCUUUGGACCAAAUGGCCGACCAGGAAACCUCGUUGACUACUUGACCAAUGACCGCAGCAGCUCAGAGUCACUGGACUUUGAGACUUUAUGGUCAGUCUUGCAAAAGACACUUCUUCCGGCCUGGCCCAAGGAUCGCACUCACAUUGCCGGUGUUCCAAUUGGAGAUGCGUGGCCCCUCCAAGUUCUGGCACGCGUCAACACCGGCAGCGAAAGCGAGAACAACACCCUCAACAUCCAACCAUUCCACAAACUAACCCAAUGGAUGGCCUAUUCACUAACAGUGCCAUUCAUGAGAGUCUUGCAACGCGAGUGGAAGAAUUUAGAACUCGGCACCGGGCUUCCAGAGUAUAGAAACGGUGGGCUUUUUGUCGACCUCGGGAUUCUGAAGCUGAAAGAAGCCACAUUGAAGCAGGGACUGGAGUCUUCUAAGAAGGAGCUGCCGAGCUUUGAUGCGACUAGUGAUGUGAUCGUUGAAUGGCGAGCGAUGACGGUCGCUCUUCUUGACAAGCUUCAUGAGCUUCUUAGCGAUCACUUUUUCGGGCAAGGGGUUUCGCUGAAUAUGGCGCAAAUGCUAGAAGCUGGGACUUGGAAAGGUGGCAGGGAGCUUGCUGCUAAAUUCAGACCUCAGUCGAAGUCUAGCCCUAUUUUGAUUGAAGGCGAUGGUACUUUAUUCUGA